GGUUAAGAGAGCUCUCUCCUAGUUUCACACAUGCGGCACUCUUUUCUGGCUCUCUCUCCUAUCAUACACACCACACACACAUACAUACACACACAUACACUCACAAACACACACAUGUACACUUCUGCACUUGUCAAGCUAACAGACAGAUACUCACACUAGUUACCACUAUCUCUCUCUCACACACACACACACACACACACACACGCACACGCGCACACACACACACACACACAUACAUACACAUAUACACAUAACUCUGUCUGUGAACUCCGGCGUUGCCCGCUUGGUUUGCCGUGGUGUGGUGAGCGUGGCAAACGAGGUAUGGAGAGGACCGAGAGGAUUCAAAGGCCCGUCAUGGGCUCGGCAGACUCUUACACCAGCCGGCCGUCGGACUCAGACGUGUCCCUGGAGGAGGACCCUGAGGCCCUGAGGAAGGAGGCCGACAGACAGGCCCUAGCAACACUCGAGAAAGCUAAGACCAAACCGGUGGCGUUUGCUGUGCGGACAAAUGUCGGUUACAACCCCGGCCCCAGUGAUGACGUUCCUGUGCAGGGCAUGGCCAUAUCCUUUGAAGCCAAAGACUUCUUGCACAUUAAAGAGAAAUACAACAAUGACUGGUGGAUCGGACGUCUGGUGAAGGAGGGAUGUGAGGUGGGCUUCAUCCCCAGCCCGGUCAAACUGGAGAACACCCGUCAACUGCAGGAGCAGAGGAUGAGACAAAACCGACUCAGCUCCAGUAAAUCUGGAGGAAGCUCUAGUCUGGACGUUGCCACGGGAACCCGCAGGCCUACACCACCUGGCACAGCUCACGUGGACAUGUCCACUGUGGUCUAUGACGUUGACCCCCUCGACCUGGAUGCUGAGGAGCCCCCUGAGUCCCAGGGUGACCCUCGCUCCUCCAAGGGCAUGUCAGGCAGCGUAACAUCCCCUCAGGCCAACGCUCACCGACUGCCCUUCUUUAAGAAGAUGGAGCAUGUCCCCCCCUAUGACGUGGUUCCCUCCAUGAGACCCAUCAUCCUAGUCGGGCCUUCACUCAAAGGAUAUGAGGUGACAGACAUGAUGCAGAAAGCGCUCUUUGACUUUCUAAAACACAAGUUUGAGGGCAGGAUAUCCAUCACACGGGUGACAGCGGACAUCUCCCUGGCCAAACGUUCAGUCCUCAACAACCCUAGCAAACACACCAUCAUUGAGCGCUCCAGUACUCGCUCCAGUUUGGACGUACUGGCGGAGGUGCAGAGUGAGAUCGAACGUAUCUUUGAGCUGGCACGCACCCUCCAGCUGGUCGCUCUGGAUGCAGACACCAUCAACCACCCCACUCAGCUGGCUAAGACCUCCUUGGCUCCCAUCAUUGUCUACAUCAAAAUAGCCUCACCUAAGGUCCUACAGAGGCUCAUCAAAUCUCGGGGGAAGUCCCAAGCUAAACACCUAAAUGUGCAGAUGGUGGCUGCAGACAAGUUGGCCCAGUGCCCACCUGAAUUGUUUGACAUCAUCCUGGACGAGAACCAGCUAGAGGAUGCCUGCGAACACCUGGCCGACUACCUGGAGGCCUACUGGAAGGCAACACACCCCCCGAGCAGCAACCCUCCCAACCCUCUGCUCAACCGCACCAUGGCCACGGCAGCCCUGGCUUCCUCCCCUGAGCCCAUCUCCAACCUGCAGCAGGGGCCGUACCUGGUGCACGGUGAGCAGAAGCGGGAAGGGCCUCUGACAGAGUGCGGCGGGAGCGGCACCCUGCACGACUAUCAGACAGACCUGGGAGGAAAACCUCAGCCGCAGCAGCAGCAGCAGCAGCAGCAGCAGCAGCAGCAGCAAGCAUAUCUGCGCUCUUCUCGUGGCCAGCUCCGGGGAGGGAGCGGCCGGGGGCUGUCACGGCAAGACACCUUCGACUCUGAGACCCAGGGCAGCCGGGACUCCGCCUACACCGAGGCCGGCGACUCCUGCAUGGACAUUGAGACUGACCCUUAUGAAGAGCCCGAGCCGUACCGAGGGGGUGGGGGCAGCCGCCUCCACCUGGCGCAGCAUCACGGCAGACAGGCAUCCUGGGAAGACGAAGGCGCCGAGCCAGACCAGGAAAACCUGAACCACCCUCCGAUGCCGAGCCAGACACAGCCGCAUGGACGUGCCAAGCUGAGGGAGCGUUACUGCCAGGACCCUGUGGACACCGGGGCCAACAUGAGCCGCAACAAGAACCAGGACGACUGGGGGAGGGACGUCUACAUCCGCUGAACACGCAUCAUACCACAGAGGCAAGGAAGCUACUGGACAGACUGAGAGAUGAGGGGGGGGGUUUGG